AUGGAUGAGCUUAUAUUGUACAAAAAUAAGUUCGCUGUGGUCGUAUCACCUGAGGACGGCGAUUUGAAAACUAUACCUGACUGUAAUAAAAAUGUAGAAAAAUCGAACACUAAAUGUCCUAUGUGUGGGCAAUUUGUGGACCCAAUGCAAUUUUCCUUUGAGGGCCAGGCGUAUUUCAGUUUAUUGCAAAAGAAGUUUAGGCGUUGGAAGUUAAAUAUACCAACCAAUCAUAUGAGGACUAAGGAAUGUAUAAUUGACUCGUCAAAUUCUAUUAGAUUGGCGAAAUUGGAAAUGGAAAAUGCCAGUCAACAAGGUGAAAAUGUACCUUCUCACAUUCCAUCCGAGUUUCUAAUUACAGGUUAUUAUGACAGAUUUUUUGUGGAGCAUUGCCAUGUGGGUUCUGGUAGUUUUGGGCAUGUUUACCAGUGUUCUCAUAUUUUGGAUGGUCAUUUUCUGGGGGAAUAUGCAGUUAAAAAGGUGCCUGUAGGGGACGAUCGUGAUUGGCUCAAGCGGAUGUUAAAGGAGGUAAAGGUUAGAGAAAGAUUUCGCCAUGUAAACAUUGUAGAUUAUAAUCACUCGUGGCUUGAGAUGCAUAGGCUUAAUGAUUUUAACCCGCUGGUACCGUGGCUAUUCGUGUUAAUGGAAUUUUGUAACGGGGGAGAUUUAGAAUCUCUAGUGAGUAAGGUUUACAGGGAUUCAUACUUGGAUGAAUCAGAAAUAUGGUUCCUAUUUAGGAAUAUUUUGAUAGGCCUAGAAUACUUACACACAAGUGCGAUAAUUUACCGGGAUUUAAAGCCUGAAAAUAUUCUGCUAAAAGUUACUGAAAACGCAACAAAUCCUUGUCAUGCCCUUCUAAGCGAUUUCCAAACAGCAGAAGUAUUAGAUACUAAAGAUGGUCAUAAUCGUCAAGGCUAUACUGGCACAAUUGAAUAUACCGCUCCAGAAUUAUUGGUGACAAAUACUAGUGGCAAAUUUGUGGGUGAAUAUAAUGUAAAAAGUGAUAUGUGGUCCCUGGGUAUGACUCUUUACUAUAUUUCUUACGGAUUCCUUCCUUAUACUAAUCCGGACCCAAAAGUCUGCCGGUCACAGAUUCUUAAGCAUUCAGAAUUGGCACUUCCAAAUUUGUAUAAUCGCUCAAAAUUACUGCAAUUUAUGAUAAUCUCGCUAACUUCUUAUUCCCCAGAUUCAAGGCCCGACUGUGGUGAUAUAAUGGAAAAUCCAUUAAUCAGGAAAUUAUUAAACCAUCCAGAUACGCAGGUUACGGGAUCUAAAAAAUUAGCUUCAAGGUUAUCUGACAGGGUAUGA